CCUUCCAUUCUCACCGCGCAUGCGCAGCUCAGGGAGCCCACAGCACGGUGAUCGCCGGGCACUGAUGAUCAGUGUGCCCUGAUGAUCAGUGUGGCCCCAGAAGUGCCACCUGUCAGUGUCCAUCAGUGCCAGCAGUCAGUGCUCAUCAGUGCCAGGUGCCAGUGCCCAUCAGUGCCACAUAUCAGUGCCAAUCAGUGCUGCCAAUCAGUGCCACCUAACAGUGCCAGUCAAUGCCACCUAACAGUGCCGCUAUCAGUGCCAUAUAUCAGUGUCAUGUAUCAGUGCUGCCUUUCAGUGCCCAUCAGUGAUGCCUAUCAAUGCCCAUCAGUGCAACCUACCAGUGCCUCCUCAUCAGUGCCCAUCAGUGCCACCUAUCAGUGUCCAUCAGUGCGGCCUAUCAGUGCCCAUCACUGCAGCCUCAUUAGCGCACAUCAGUGAAGGAGAAAAAUCACUUAUUUACAAAAUUGUAUAA